AUGGCCUUCGAAACCAAAGCCACAAUCGCCACCUUCGGCGGCAAGCUCCUCAAGCUCUCGCACCAAUCCAGCAGCACCGGCACGCCCAUGGCCGUGAACCUCUACCUGCCGCCCUCGGUCGCCUCUUCCGCCUCGUCCACCUCCCCGUCCAGAAAAGUCCCUGUCCUGAUCUUCCUGUCAGGCCUAACCUGCACGCCGGACAACUGCUCCGAAAAAGGCUUCUUCCACGCCGCGGCCUCGCGCCACAACAUCGCGAUCGUGUACCCGGACACCUCGCCGCGCGGCGCCUCCAUCGCCGGCGAGGACGAGAGCUACGACUUCGGCACCGGCGCCGGGUUCUACGUCGAUGCAACACAAAAACCGUGGAGUGAGAACUAUAAGAUGGAGAGCUACAUCGUGAAGGAACUACCAGAAGCGCUAUUCGCACCCGGUAGCGGCGGCUUCGGGGAUGUGUUGGACAGGACCCGCGUCAGCAUCACAGGCCACAGCAUGGGCGGCCACGGCGCCCUAUCGUUAUACCUCAAGCACCCCACACUCUACCGCAGCGCCAGCGCUCUGGCGCCGAUCUGUAACCCGAGCCAGUGCGCCUGGGGCGAGAAGGCGUUCGGCGGGUACUUGGGGGAAGACAAGGCGGCGUGGAAGAAGCACGACGCGACGGAGUUGGUGCGCGGGAGCGAUUGGAAGGGGAAGGAUGACUUGAGGGUUUUGGUCGAUGUCGGCACGGGGGAUAACUUCUAUAAACAGGGCCAGCUGCUGCCGGAGAACUUCGAGAGGGCGGUCCAGGAGGCGAGCGUUGGUGGGGUGAAGGUCAAUUAUCGAGAGGACUACGACCACUCGUACUUCUUUAUCUCGACGUUUGCUCAGGACCACGUCGACCAUGCGGCCAAGUACUUGCUCUAA